GCGCGUUCUGCAUUUGUGUCACCACAGAGUCAGCAGCCCGGGUACCCCCAGGCGAGACCACCGCAGCCCCUGGCGGAGGGGGACCUGGUCGGCCGAGGACGGCACAGAGGAGUAGCUGGGGCCACAGCUAAGUCGCAAGAGCUGCAGAUAUCUGCUGGGUUUCAGGAGCUGUCACUGGCGGAGAGAGGCAGACGCCGCAGGGACUUCCACGACCUUGGUGUGAACACACGACAGAACCUAGAUCAUGUGAGAGAGUCCAAAACAGGCUCAUCCGGCAUCAUCGUGAGGCUGAGCACCAACCAUUUCCGGCUGACAUCACGCCCACAGUGGGCACUGUACCAGUACCACGUGGACUAUAGUCCACUGAUGGAGGCCCGCCGUCUCCGCUCUGCUCUGCUCUUCCAGCACGAAGACCUCCUUGGGCGGUGUCAUGCUUUUGAUGGAACAAUACUGUUUUUACCUAAAAGACUACAGCACAAGGUCACCGAAGUGUUCAGUCAGACCAGGAAUGGGGAGCGCGUGCGAAUCACGGUCACCCUGACCAACGAGCUCCCGCCCACGUCGCCCACUUGCCUGCAGUUCUACAACAUCAUCUUCAGGAGGCUCCUAAAAAUUAUGAAUCUGCAACAGAUUGGACGGAAUUAUUACAACCCACACGACCCGAUUGACAUUCCCAAUCACAGGUUGGUGAUCUGGCCUGGCUUCACCACCUCCAUCCUGCAGUACGAGAACAACAUCAUGCUGUGCACCGACGUCAGCCACAAAGUGCUGCGCAGCGAGACCGUCCUGGACUUCAUGUUCAACCUGUACCACCAGACGGAGGAGCACAAGUUCCAGGAGCAAGUGUCUAAGGAGCUGAUAGGGCUGAUUGUCCUCACCAAGUACAACAACAAGACCUACCGGGUGGACGACAUUGACUGGGACCAGAACCCCAAUAGCACCUUUAAGAAGGCGGAUGGCUCUGAGGUCAGCUUCCUGGAGUACUACCGGAAGCAGUACAACCAGGAGAUCACGGACCUGAAGCAGCCGGUCCUGGUAAGCCAGCCCAAGAGGAGGCGGGGCCCAGGAGGCACCAUGCCAGGGCCAGCGAUGCUCAUCCCAGAGCUCUGCUACCUCACAGGCCUGACCGAUAAGAUGCGGAACGACUUCAGUGUGAUGAAGGAGCUGGCAGUGCACACGCGUCUCACGCCCGAGCAGCGGCAGCGGGAAGUCGGCCGCCUCAUCGAGUAUAUCCACAGAGACGACAACGUGCAGAGAGAGUUGCGCGACUGGGGCUUGAGCUUCGACUCCAACUUGCUCUCCUUCUCAGGAAGAAUUCUGCAGGCAGAAAAGAUUCACCAGGGUGGAAAAACAUUUGACUACAACCCACAGUUCGCAGACUGGUCAAAGGAAACCCGGGGGGCCCCGCUGAUCAGUGUGAAGCCACUGGACAACUGGCUGUUGAUCUACACGCGAAAAAACUACGAAGCAGCCAAUUCCCUGGUGCAGAACCUGUUCAAGGUCACGCCGGCCAUGGGCGUACACAUGAAGAAGGCGGUGAUGAUUGAGGUGGACGACAGGACAGAAGCCUACCUCCGAGUUCUGCAGCAGAAGGUUACCUCGGACACACAGAUAGUUGUCUGCCUGUUGUCGAGUAGCCGGAAGGACAAAUAUGAUGCCAUCAAGAAGUACCUGUGCACAGACUGCCCCACACCAAGCCAGUGCGUGGUGGCCCGCACCCUGGGCAAGCAGCAGACCAUCAUGGCCAUCGCCACCAAGAUCGCCCUGCAGAUGAACUGCAAGAUGGGCGGCGAGCUCUGGCGGGUAGACAUGCCUCUGAAGCUGGCCAUGAUCGUUGGCAUCGACUGCUACCACGACACCACCGCAGGGCACAGGUCCAUCGCGGGGUUCGUCGCCAGCAUCAAUGAGGGGAUGACUCGCUGGUUCUCUCGCUGUGUCUUUCAAGACCGAGGCCAGGAGCUGGUGGACGGACUCAAGGUGUGCCUGCAAGCGGCUCUGCGGGCGUGGAACAGCUGCAACCAGUACAUGCCAAGCCGCAUCAUCGUGUACCGGGACGGCGUGGGCGACGGCCAACUGAAGACGCUGGUGAACUACGAGGUCCCACAGUUCUUGGAUUGCCUGAAGUCCCUUGGGAGAGGCUACAACCCAAGACUGACAGUGAUUGUGGUGAAGAAACGUGUGAAUGCCAGGUUUUUUGCCCAAUCUGGAGGAAAACUUCAGAACCCCCUGCCCGGCACUGUCAUCGAUGUGGAGGUCACCAGGCCAGAGUGGUACGACUUCUUCAUCGUGAGCCAGGCCGUGCGGAGCGGCAGCGUGUCUCCAACCCACUACAACAUCAUCUACGAUAGCAGUGGCCUGAAGCCGGAUCACAUCCAGCGGCUGACGUACAAGCUCUGCCAUGUCUACUACAACUGGCCGGGCAUCAUCCGCGUCCCUGCACCGUGCCAGUACGCGCACAAGCUGGCCUUCCUGGUAGGCCAGAGCAUCCACCGAGAGCCAAACCUCUCUCUGUCCAACCGCCUCUACUACCUCUGACCGCACCUGCCACCGCCGCAGCCUUCCUCCCUGCUGGCCAGACUCCUGGGCUUUCAGUGUGUCCUUUCUGGGUGAGACCUGGGAGGGCACAGCAGGUCUCGUUUCAUUUCAUUGUUGCUAUUUAAUUUGUCUUGUUUUAUAGGUUAAGUCUUUAAAACUGUAUCUUGCUAACUUUUUGUAUGUUGUAAUGAUCUCUUUGGUUUGGAAAAUGUCAGUGAGGCACUUUGUAUUAUAACCAGUCUUUCUUAAAGCUGAAAAGUAGCUGGGUGCAGUGGCACAUGCCUGUAAUCCCAGCACUGAGGGAGGCUGAGGCAGGAGG